UCCAAAGCAUUGAGAUUUUUUUGAGGGACCUGCCCAGGAUUCUUUGGAUUUUCUUUCAUUGAUUUUUUUUUUUUUUUUUUUUUACUUUUUAAAAUUUUUACCUGUGUGCUUCAGGUUCGUGCAGUCUCCAGAGGUUCCGUGCUGUGCAGAGAAUGCAGGACCAUGGAGGAGAGAGACAAGUCCCCAGCAGUCUGCCGCCCAGCGUCAAGGCCAGCCUGUCUCUUUCUCCAACCGGGCCGGGACGGGUCGGCAGCGGCGGGAGCUCCCCGACAUCCAAAAUGGCCCCCGGUGGAGUCGGGGUGCCCGUGGAGGACAUGCAAGCAUUGGCCAUCACCACACUUUCUGCUGCAGACGUCACCAAACAAUUUGAGCAGAUUCGCGAGCUUGGCAAGGGCACGUAUGGCAAAGUGGACCUGGUGGCCCACAGGAGUCAAGGCACUAAAAUGGCGCUGAAAUUUGUGACCAAAAACAAGACCAAGCUCAAGAGUUUCCUGCGGGAGUACAGUCUAACAGGCUCGCUUAGCUCAAGCCCGUUCAUCAUCAAAGUCUUGGACGUGCUCUUUGAGACGGAGGACAGCUACGUAUUUGGACAAGAAUACGCUCCCGCCGGGGACCUCUUCGACAUCAUUCCCCCGCAGGUGGGCCUGCCGGAAGAAAUGGUCAAACGCUGCAUGCAACAACUCGGUCUGGCCCUCGAUUUCAUGCACAGUAAAAGCUUGGUGCACAGGGACGUCAAGCCAGAAAACGUGCUGCUCUUCGACCGGGAGUGUCGCCGCAUCAAGCUGGCCGACUUCGGCAUGACCCGCCGGGUGGGCUGCCGCGUGAAAAGGGUGAGCGGCACCAUUCCCUACACGGCUCCGGAGGUGUGCCGGGCCAGCCGCGCCGAGGGCUUCCUGGUCACCACCAGCCUGGACGUGUGGGCUUUUGGAGUUCUGGUCUUCUGCAUGCUCACGGGAAACUUCCCCUGGGAGGCUGCGCUGCUAACCGACGCCUUCUACGAGGAGUUUCGGCGCUGGCAGAAAGCCGGAUGCCCCGUGGGAACGUAUCCGUCUCAGUGGCGCCGAUUCAGCGACGACGCCCUGCGAAUGUUCCAGAGGCUUCUGGCUGCCGAGCCGGAAAAACGCUGCGGGGUCAAGGACAUCUUCUGCUUUGUCAAAUACGAGCUCGUGAGCGAGCUCAGGCGCAGGGCGUCCUAUCGCGCCAAGCGAGGCGAACGGUCCGGCUCGGGGGUGUGCACCGGCAACUGCGCUUCAUCUUCAACCACUUCUUCCUCCUCCUCCUCCUCGUCCUCACGCACCACCCACAGACACCCGGAGCCUUCAACGCCUCCCGGAACCUCCUGCCUUCGCCCGGCUCCCCUCAAACGGAGCGUCCUCUCUGACCAUCGAGAAGAAGCCGGACAGCAACAGCCUCCAGGACGCGACAAGAACAAAAGCCAGAUGGUGAUGGCCACUGCGAUUGAAAUCUGUGUGUAACUACAUGACUUUUUGCAAAGUGCUUUUUAUAUGUAAAGUCCAUCUGAAAAGGCAGUUUAAGAGAGAAGCUUAGACCACACUGGAAAUAAUCUUCAUCCCUUCAGCAGCCCGGACUGAGGUCAAAGGCCUUUUAGGUUGGGAUUCGCGGCCAAAGACAUCCGAGAGUUCUACCGCGCCAAGAGAAGCGAACCGUCCGGCUCGGGAAUGUGCAAUGGCAACUGCCCUUUGACUUCGUCCACUUCUUCUUCCUCCUUACACACCUUCCCCAGACCCCCGUAGCCUCCCACGCCUCCUGGAACCUCCUGCCUCCGUCCAGCUCCGGUCAACUGGAGCGUCCUCUCUUUCACCAGAGAGGAAGCUGGACAGUAGCGGUCUCCAGGAGAGGAACAAGAAGCCACCGCUGUUUCAAAACUGAGCACACUUCCAUUCAUCUGCUUUCUACAGUGUACCGCUAAAUCUGCUCGGGGUCCGUCAAGCAACAGGAGCCUAUCCAGGGCUGCCCUGGUAACCGUAGUGUAUUUUCAUCAUGUAGAUCGCCAACGGCGUAACUCCCACAGACACCCGGAGCCUUCCAGAGAGGAGGCUGGACAGCACCAGUCUCCAGGACGGCAAUCAAAAAGAAAAGCCAGAUGGCGAUGGCCAGCAUUAUUAUCGCCAAACACUACUGAGACAUCUUCUGCAGACUUUGCUCCUUGGCAGGACACGCCAAACAUUUUUUUUUUUUUUUGUGGUGGUGGUGGUGCUAACGAUAGUAACACAUUCUGUGGAAAUGACUUCCCCCAUCACUUGUCACUUUAUAGCACACCUUUCGGGCCCCGGGUUCCACCUCAGCAUCCGGUUAAACGUAACGCGUUACGGCUGAGGACGCCAGUUUGGGAACGAGUGCUUUCCCCGUAUCGCUUCAGACGCUCCAGAUCACUCAGAGGCCGUUGAUUCUGGCGCAACCUUUGACUUCAUCGUCCACUGCACUACCACACUAAUGAUCAUCAAACGGACCUCCACGUAGCAGUGCGCACGAGGCACCGUGUCUCGCUAACGUGCACCACCUCAGGACACUUGAGUGGAUCGCUUGCCGUUUUAUGACUCAUCCAUUCCAGUAAAUCCGUUGCAGCUGUUGGACUGCUGAGCUCCAUUUACGGGAACAUUUUAUGGGCGCCGAGUUGCAAGCAACAAGAAGAGAAUAUGUUUUAAUAUUGUUUUUUUUUUUUUCUAUUCGCGUGUGUGUGUGUGUGUGUGUGUGUGAGUGUGUGUCCGUGUGAGUUUUCCAAUACUGAAGCACAAAAUGUUUUUUUUUUUUUGAAAGGAUGAGGAAUCUCACUCCAUAUUUUAGACGUAUUUGGUAUUUAAAACAACAAAAGUGCUCCGUCACAUCAGGUAGUUCAACUAUGUAGCUGUACUCGUUUUCUAAAUCAGGGGAUUUGGUCAGGUUAACGCAUCGUAUGUAGCAACUCAACCGGGACGGCGCGUGCAGUAAGGAGAUACUCCUUUAGAGAACCUCGGAAUAGAAUCUUUGAAGAUGUGUGACACAGUAGCUGCUGCUUUUCCGUCAACGAUGAGUGUUUUUUUUUUUUUUUCUCUCGAUUUGAUUUGUUUGUAGAAACUGAACGCUUUGUACAGUACAUUUCCGUUCGCAAAGUGGCGGGGGCUCCCUCUUUAUGUAAUUGGAGCGCCAGGUCGGAAUUGUUUGAAACACUGGAAAUCACGCGGCUACAUCGGCUGGCUUUCUCUGGGAUGUUUUUUUUUCCCGCGAGCGAUGAUGAAAACCACUCGAAUCGCAAUCGCCGCAAAGCCAGCAAGAUGUUUUUUUUACUCGUGUCUGUGAGUUCGUUGCGGUUCAAUCAAAGGGCCAGCCGCUCAGUUAACUCUUAUUUCUUUGUCAUUAAAAUGCAGGAAAGCCAACUUCCACAAGAGCAAAACUUAAAACGUUUCGUCAAAUUGCACAAUUUUGAGUUCACCCAACAUUUUUUUUUUUACAGUGUACACCGCAUCCAGAAACUCAUCACAGUGCUUCACUUCAAAAAAAAAAUCUCAAAAGGACUGAUUGGAUCCUUCUCUUGAGCCUC